CAGACAUUGGAUCAGCGGAAAAUUCUGUUUUGCGUUACUUCAAUGGUUCUAAAAGUCUAUGUCAGCACUCUUUCUGGAAACCUUAAGGUUGCAAUCGUUACUUUUAACGAGUUAUAAUGCAGGUCAAAAAAGAACAGGCACUCAUUCUAUCACUACUUAAUGCUAAAAAGGUUGACUUUAAAGAAGUUGACCUCUCUGACGUUUCCAACGAGUCUGAGAAAUGUUCAUUAUUUGAGGAGCUGAAGAAAAAAGAGAAACCUUUGGUUCCACCACAUAUUUUUCUUGAUGAGGAAUAUCUCGGAGUUAGUACUUCGCUGGCUUUAAUCUUUUCAGGGUUAUGAUGAAUUUUACGAGGCCUUGGAAAUGGAAGAACUGGAAUCUUUUCUAAAAUUGCCUGGAGAAAAACCUGUAAGAUCUCCAAUUACCUAUCAGGAUUUUCUUUCAGAAGCCGUUCUCAGCAUUGAUGGGUAGCAGCGCCAGUGAGGUACCGGUUGCCCCUUAAGUCUUCUCGCAUGAUUGCUUAGCCUUAUUUUGCAUGUGCUGCAUGAAUUAAACCUGUAGAAAAUGUACUCAGACUCAAUUUGUGACGUUAAAUUUCAGGCCGAGAGUGAGGAAGAAGACGGAGAGAAUGAUAAGGAGUCUUCGGGCAAUGAAGAUAAGCCUGAUAUUUCUAAGGAGGAAGAAAAAAGUGAAGCUGAUGAAGAACAGAAGAAUAAAGAUCAAAAAGAGGAAGAAAAGGUUCCGGAUGAAAGUCUUGAGGAGAAAGUUGGUGAAAAUGGAGACAAUUCCACAGAACACCAAGGAAAAACGUCUGCAGAUGAAGAUUCGGGAAAUGAGGAAGAAGAAAAAAUUAAUCCCUCCUCAGUCAAGGAUGUUGAGGGCGAAGCAAAGCCUUCAAAGGACUCUGAUGAAAGUUCGGAAGACUCGUCUGGAGAAUCCGAAGCCAAAAAAUCCAAGACAGAGUCCGAUAGUGAUUCAUCAAAACGUUCAGUCUCUAGUGUUAGAAAGGAUUCUGAAAGCUCAUCAUCUGGGGAAUCUGAGGCCAAGAAGUCGAAGACAGAUUCGAACGGUAGUUCACCAAAACACUCUCCACCAGAUUCUCGAAAAACGUCUGUUGGUUCUAAAGGCAAGAAUUUAGAGGUGAAAUCCGACAGUGACUCAUCAUCAAGUCACUCAGAGCAACCUGCAGAAAGGUCUAUGGAGAUUAAAAAGGAAAACACAGCGGAGUCGGAAGACUCAAGUGCAAAUGAGUCUGAAUCAUCCUCGGACUCGGAGUGAACUUCAAUGACAUUAUUCUUGUGAUCCAUUCAAUAGUUUAUCGCUAACUGGUAUAUUUAAUAUAAUGCUAUGUAAUCGUUUUUAUUGUAUAUCAAAGUCACUUAGGAUUUAA